UCAACUUUGUAGUGUGCCAACUCUUUGCCUUGCUAGCAGCCAUUUGGUUUCGAACUUAUCUACGUUCAAGCAAAACUAGCUCUUUUAUAAGACAUGUCGUUGCUACCCUUUUGGGCCUUUAUCUUGCACUUUUUUGCUUUGGAUGGUAUGCCUUACAUUUUCUUGUACAAAGUGGAAUUUCCUACUGUAUCAUGAUCAUAAUAGGAGUGGAGAACAUGCACAAAUAUUGUUUUGUGUUUGCUUUGGGAUACCUCACAGUGUGCCAAAUUACUAGAGUCUAUAUCUUUGAUUAUGGACAAUACUCUGCUGAUUUUUCAGGCCCAAUGAUGAUAAUUACCCAGAAGAUCACUAGUUUGGCUUACGAAAUUCAUGAUGGGAUGUUUCGAAAGGAUGAAGAACUGACGUCAUCACAGAGGGGGUUGGCUGUAAGGCGCAUGCCGAGCCUCCUGGAGUACCUGAGCUACAACUGCAACUUCAUGGGCAUCCUGGCGGGCCCACUCUGCUCCUACAGAGACUACAUCACCUUCAUCGAGGGCCGGGCGCACCACAGGGCGCCGCCAGGCGCAAGUGGGAAAGAGGACAUGCCGUGUGAGAGAGCAGAGCCGUCACCGAACGUCGCAGUCAUUCAGAAGCUCUUAGUCUGUGGACUUUCCUUAUUCUUUCACUUGACCAUCUCUAAAACAUUACCUGUGGAGUAUAACAUCGAUGAGCAUUUUCAGGCUACAGCUUCAUGGCCGACAAAAGUCGUCUAUCUCUAUGUCUCACUUUUGGCUGCCAGACCCAAAUACUAUUUUGCAUGGACCUUAGCUGAUGCUAUUAAUAAUGCUGCAGGCUUUGGUUUCAGAGGAUAUGAUGAAAAUGGAACAGCUCGUUGGGACUUGAUUUCCAAUUUGAGAAUUCAACAAAUAGAGAUGUCAACAAGUUUCAAGAUGUUUCUUGAUAAUUGGAAUAUUCAGACAGCUCUUUGGCUCAAAAGGGUUUGUUAUGAACGAGCCUCCUUGAGUCCAACUAUCCAGACAUUCAUUCUGUCUGCCAUUUGGCAUGGGGUGUAUCCAGGAUAUUAUCUGACGUUUCUGACAGGAAUGGUGAUGACAAUGGCAGCGCGAGCUAUGAGAAGUAACUUUAGACAUUAUUUCAUCAAACCUCCCCAACUGAAAUUAUUGUAUGAUGUUCUGACAUGGAUAGUGACUCAAAUAGCAAUAAGCUACACAGUUGUGCCAUUCGUACUUCUUUCCGUAAACCCAUCGUUCAUGUUUUACAGCUCCUGGUAUUACUGCCUGCACAUUGCUGGUAUCUUAGUAUUAUUGUUGCCGGUGAAAAAAACUCAAAGAGGAAAGACUCCACAUGAAAACGUGCAGCUGUCUCGAUCCAAACAGUGUGAUGAAAGAGAAAAUUCUUUGGGACAGAAUAGUUUUUCCACAACAAACAAUGUUUGCAAUCAGAAUCAAGAAAUAGCCUCUAGACAUUCAUCAUUAAAGCAAUGAAGGGGAAAACACUCUGAUGGCUAUUUUGUCUCUGUUAACAGAAACCAAUCUUAGCACCUUUUCGAGGGCUUUGUGUUCGUUUGAAAAAUGAUGAAGUGGGGGGGCAAAUGGGACGGAUUUGGUGGGGAAUUUCCUGUAUACCAGAUUGGGAAUGGAGUGAAUAACCCCUCCCAUGCCAUGUCCCUGUGGGCCACGCCUUAUAUAAAAAUAUUUCCAUUAUUUCAAUGGGCACUCAGGACCUCAGCAGAUGUCCGUAGGGUCAUACAUGUGCCCUGUUGCUGAAUGUAUGUUGCGUAUCCCAAGGCACUGAAGAGGUGGAAAACUAACCCUGUCGAUCUAGAUGAUUGAGAGAAAUUACCUUUUCCAAAUGAAUGUCUUGCCUUAAACCCUCUAUUUCCUAAAAUAUUGUUCCUAAAUGGUAUUUUCGAGUGUAAUAUUGUGAGAACACUAUUUCAGUAUUUGAUGUCAUGUGCUGUAAAGGAAUUCUGGAGGAAUCUGAAACAGGAUAUUUAAGAUUGUGGACACUUUAAAAAUGCAAUAAACAUCUCAGUAUUUGAA